AUGCCUUUCCCCAAGAGCAUCUUCCACUUGGUUCAAUUGGCCCUACUUUUCGGUGGAAGUGCAUCUUCCGUUGAAGCAGCCAGUCUUUCAAACCGAGCGGACAAUAGUCGCACUGUGGCUCCGGCGAACUGUAUCGUGGUAAGGCCCAGUGGUACUAGUGCGUCAGAGUUCACCAGUCUACAAGCUGCCGUUAACUCUAUCGGCUCAUCUACUAAACCUGCCUGUAUCUUCCUCAACUCGGGAACUUACAAUGAGCGAGUCGAGAUCAAAGUCAAAGCACCCUUGACCCUCUAUGGGGCAACCGCCGAUACUGGAAGCUACAAGAAGAAUACUGUAGUUAUCAAGAAUACCACCGGUUCACAAGAUGCGGGCUCCUCAGUCGCAAGCUCAACCGUAAAUCUCAGGUCCAACGACUUCGCCGCCUACAACAUUGACUUUGUCAACGGAUAUACAGCUGGACAGGCUGUUGCUUUGACGGCAAAUGGUAACAAAACCGGAUUUUACGGCUGCUCUUUCAAAUCAUACCAGGAUACUCUAUAUGUCAAAGCUGGCUGGAUGUACUACUCUAACUGCUACAUCGAGGGUAAGGCUAUUCCUUUGUUAACAAGGUUGGGAAUUCUGGCUGAUAACUCCACCAUCGCUUCCAAGGGGCCGGGUUAUAUAACGGCAUCCUCUCGGACCGAACCAACCGAUACCUCACGUUAUAUCAUCGAUCACAGCAUAAGAGUCAUUGCACGAGUGAUGUACCAGUACAGCACCUUGACAAACGUGGUGAGACCAGAGGGCUACUCACCCAUGGCAGAAGGCGCAACGUUAUCAAAGGCUAAAUUUGUUAGUGUCUUCCAAGAGUUCGGAAACACCGGUGCUGGUGCCGAUACGUCCCAGAGAAAGUACUUCACCCCAUCGGAUAAGGCUCUGACGAAGCAGGAUCUUUGCGGGGCUGAUUUUAAGUGGUAUGAUACGAGCUACUAG